AUGACUGACCCUGUCCCAAAGGGGUCCCGCUCUCGAACCAGAAGAUGGCACAACCUUAGCCUGCGUAGCAAGCGCAAAGGACUGGAGAAAAUAAAGGAAUGGGCGCAUACUAGACACUCAUAUUUAGUUGCAUACAAGGACGAAUACACUCUUGCGCGUCUGUCUACGCUUAACAGACAUCACACCAUUGUGCGUUUAUGUGCGCACAUGUUCGCGCACAGACACGAGCCUGUGGGAAAGGCUCUCGAAGAGCGCCGCAAAGAAGCCCCCGGGAAACUCGAAAAGCGCCGCAGAAAAGCCCCCGGGCAACUCGAAAAGCGCCGCAAAGAAGCCCCCGGGAAACUCGAAAAGCGCCGCAAAGAAGCCCCCGGGAAACUCGAAAAGCGCCGCAAAGAAGCCCCCGGGAAACUAGAAAAGCGCCAAAAUGAAGCCCCCGGGAAACUCGAAAAGCGCCGCAAAGACGCCCCCGGGAAACUCGAAAAGCGCCGCAAAGAAGCCCUCGGGAAACUCGAAAAGCGCCGCAAAGAAGCCCCCCGGGAAACUCGAAAAGCGCCCCCCCGGGAAACUCGAAAAGCGCCGCAAAGAAGCCCUCGGGAAACUCGAAAGGCGCCGCAGAAAAUCCCCCGGGAAACUCGAAAAGCGCCGCAGAAAAUCUCCCGGGAAACUCGAGAAGCGCCGCAGAAAAGCCGCCGGGAAACUCGAACAGCACGUGCCUCAGAAAAGCCCCGGGAAACUCGAAAAGCGCCGCAGAAAAGCCCCCGGGAAACUCGAAAAGCGCCACAAAGAAGCCCUCGGGAAACUCGAAAGGCGCCGCAGAAAAUCCCCCGAGAAACUCGAAAAGCGCCGCAGAAAAUCUCCCGGGAAACUCGAGAAGCGCGUCAGAAAAGCCCCCGGGAAACUCGAACAGCGCGUGCCUCAGAAAAGCCCCCGGGAAACUCGAAAAGCGCCGCAGAAAAGCCCCCGGGAAACUCGAAAAGCGCCACAAAGAAGCCCCCGGGAAACUCGAAAAGCGCCGCAGAAAAGCCCCCGGGAAACUCGAAAAGCGCCCCAAAGAAACCCCCGGGAAACUCGAAAGGCGCCGCAAAGAAGCCCCCGGGAAAAUUUGAACAGCGCGCGCCUCAGAAAAGCGCUCGGUUAAAUAAGCUCGGACUUUCCAGCUUGACUUUCCGUCUUUCACGCAACUAG